AGAUCUAGGGUUCACCGUCGAAUAUGUAGGCGUCCCUUUGGGAUAUAAAGUCGUUCUUUCAUCUGGAACUCAAGAAGUUUUCUCCUCCACUGCAUUGGGAACUAACUAUGACAUUGAAACCAGUUCAAUCUGAUGUGUCUUCAAGGGACCUUCUGCCAAUUUCGUGGUUGAACACAAUAUUGUACACAUCCCAGGUCGCUUUGAGUGUUUAUUACUUGUAUCACUUCACGACGACGAGGUGGCUGCGCUACUGUAUCUUGUCUUCUUUGCUCCUCGACGGGGCUUGUUCACUCGUGUCUAUGGUUGGCCUUUACCUGUUUAUGAUUAAUCCAGGUCCACCGCUCAUAUACACAUGGGCCGUCCCGGUUGUAGUCUUGCUCACGUAUGCUUCCGCCUUGAUUUCGCAGAGUUUUUUCUGUCGUCGGUACUGGAUGAUCUCCAGGAACAAGUGGAUCACGGCGUGGAUCGUGUUUCUCAUUGCAGCUAACAUGCUCUGCAUUCUGGUGGCCACCAUCUAUCUUACCCUCCAUCCUCAAGAUUUUGGGCCAAAGGUGCCUUUGAUGCUUUCCACUCUGUGUGCGGCGACAGACUUGACGAUUGCAAGUUCCUUGGCUUGGACAUGUUUGCACAUAGAGUCGUCUUAUGCAUCUACAAGAAAUAUACUACGGCGGGUCAUGAUACAAGCCUUGACUUGCGGUAUCACGACGGCCAUUUUCACAAGUCUCAUGUCCAUCUUUAUGUUUUCUUUCUGGGAUGUAUUCUGUUCCCUCUUUACUGUGCUCGGACGCAUUUACAGCUUAACGGUUCUGAUAACCGUUAUUCUGCUCAAGGUUCUGAACCGUAGUGACGCAUCGUCGAGUAGGAUAGAUGGUGAUUUGGAUUGCUCAGAGCCUACGUUCCUGGGUCCGAUUUCUUCUAUGAACACGUUGGAUACCGAGACUGGCAAAGGGCAGUCGUCGACUAACGAGAGUGCAACCGUUGACCACUCAACUGAACCUCGAUUUGCGAGUAUAUCAAAUGGCAUCGAUCACACGCUCGGGAUUCAUUUUCACAUCAUUCAUAUUGUAGAAACAAAUUUGUCGUUAAGUUCAUUUAAAAGAUGUCAUAUCGUACGUAUUUAAAAGCUUAGGCGUGAUAUAGAAAUACCCCAGUUCGUAUGUUUUCGCGAUAUUGCGGAGGUGCGGUCCGAAAGGCCGAUCGCGUCCGGAAAAAAUGUGUGGCAGUGCAAAAAUUCAGGGAUGAAGGCCAACUACAAGGUCGGCUCCAUUCAUAUUUGAACUUCCCGUGCUUACCUGCGUUCUAGUUCUCGAACAUCUGCGGAACUGUUUACCGGCAAGGCAAUGUUCUAUUCACUGCGGACGGCAAUUCUUUGUUGAGUCCAGUGGGCAACAGAGUCUCCGUAUUCGACCUAGUAAACAACAAGUCCUUCACUCUAUCAUUCGAAACUCGUAA